AUGGCUGCUGCAUCAACUUCUCUCAUCACACAUUCAAGAAGGCUUCUCCUCAACCCUCUCUUCCUCAGUCCCCCCUCAGCCCCCCCACCCUCAACACCGACGCAUCCUCUCAGAGACACCAGCAACUUCGAUGCAAACGUGGUGAUGGUGCUCUCCGUCCUCCUCUGCGCCUUGAUCUGCUCCCUCGGCCUCAACUCCAUCAUCCGCUGCGCUCUAAGGUGCUCCACCCUCGUCUCAGCCGACGCAGAGGGGGCUCCAGCCCCCGCUGCCCGGCUUGCCAAUACCGGGAUUAAAAAGAAGGCCCUCAAGACAUUUCCCAUCAUUAGCUAUGCAGCUGAGCUGAAGCUACCUGGCUUGGACACCGAGUGCGCCAUCUGCCUCUCCGAGUUUGCACCCGGGGAGCGGGUGAGGGUGCUGCCUAAGUGCAACCAUGGCUUCCACGUCCGCUGCAUUGACAGAUGGCUUGGCUCGCACUCCUCCUGCCCCACCUGCAGGCACUGCCUCAUUCAAACCUGCCAGAAGAUUGUAGGCUGCAGCCAGUCUGCUUCCACACCUGUUGUGAAUCAAGAAGUUGCUGUCAGGAUUGAGCCUCUGAAUCCAGAAGGUUUGAUUAGGAAUCAUGGGACUUAGAUAGGAAUGCAAUCAGUUAGUGAUAUGUAAUUAACCUUCUAUAUUUUGGGGGAAAUGGUGGUGGCUAGUGGUAUUAGGUGGAAAGUAGCAGCAUUGUGCACUAGGUUUUUGAUGGGGACAAAAAUCAGUGUAGUCCAAAGUGUAUAUAUAUGGUCCUUUCAACUUUGGUGCAUAGUUACUGUUUUUUCUAAAUUAUUGCUAGUGAUUGUCUUUUCUUGCUAUUGGUGGCUGAAUUCAAGUUGCAAUGACUAGGAUUUGGAAUGUGUGAGAUGAACAAGGCUUAUUCUGUUUAGGUUCCCUUCAACAGGCCUUGACUGCCAUUUGAGCUUCC